CAUCGUAUUACAUGAAUAUUUUUUCCAUUCUGAGUUCCUCCAGAUUAGUGCACGAAAGCUGGCUCGGUACCUGGUGCAACGGAUCAAAUUCUAGGGUUUUCUAUGUAAUCAUCCAAUUCCUACGCGAUCAAAACCCGCCCAAAAUCCAGCAGCCUGAAGUCUUCAAUUCUUCCGUGGAGAUGGUUACCCCUCGAUCUAGAGUGCAGACAAAACCAACUCGAUUAUCUUCCAAGAAAAAUGUCAAGAAAAGAGUCGGUGCCAUCAUUAGGCGAUCUGACCGACUCCGCAAUGUAACCCCACCAGCUCAAAAUCGAGAAAUAGAGCCCGUGGUCGAGGAGAUAAAUCUGUGCGAAAGUGAGAAAGAAGAUGACCCACAUGUUGAGGAAACCCCCCCUGAGUCAAUGUUACCUGAAGAGAGCUUGGAAGAGAAAACAGAUUACCCUGCUGGAGGAUUGAAGUCCGAGGCAUAUGAUUAAUUAGCACUUGCAUCAUUUGUUUUUCCUUGUUAUUCUUUAGUUUCUGAUUGGAACUCUUUAAUUUUUAUGCUGUUCUCAUUGACAUGCAUAAACAGGCUGCCAAGAGGCACUUCCAAAGUGACAGCUCCAGUGCCAAUCUUAAAUACAAAAGACUGUAUUUUGAUUCACAGAAGAAGAAUGAAGCCUUGACAAAGGAAAAUUAUGAGCUUUCUAAGAACUUGGCGAUUGCUAUGGGGAAAAUUGAAGGGCUUGCAGAAUCAAGUCGUGUUUGUUCAGGCUUACUGGGAAAAUUGCAGGAUGUGCUCUUGAUCUCUAAUCUCGGAAAAGCUACCGAAACUGCAAUGAAUCUAUCGUCACAAGCAGUACUUUGCCGUUGUUCUUCUCCCAGUGGUGUUGGUGACCCCAAAGUUGCCGUGAAGAAAAAGGCAAAAGGUGUUGGUGAACCCAAAGUUGCCGUGAAGAAAAAGGCAAAAGGCAAAAAUAACUAAAACUUUACAGCAUCUCCUAACGUGGCUUGUGAACAGCAUCAUCUAGAGUCAGUAGAAACCAAAUUAGUUUCCUUCGCUGUAUGGUAUUAGUUUCCUUCCCUCUAUGGUAUCAACUUUUUUUUAGCUUCAGUAUGCUUAAUACUUGAAAGGGAUGUUGUAUUUAUUGAUGAAAAGGUGGAAAAGGUUGUCCAUUGUUGGAUGAUGGCAGCUACUUCAUCUUUGGUAUUUUGAAUGGAGUAACAACUCUCUUUUUUGAGCUUUUCAAUAGAAA